AUGUAAAGAUCCUCAAUUAAUUCACAAUUAGAAAAAUACAAAUUCAUAGCACUUCCUUUAAUUGAAUAUGUUUAUAAGUAAAGAGUUAAUAUAGUGAAGAUAGCCUUAUUAUUGCUCUAUCUAAAUUUGCAGUAUCACAUUAAUAUUAUCUUAGGAAUUCUAACAAAAGAAUGUUACGAAGUUUAUGACUUCUUUUGUCAAUUCAUUUCAACUGUUACUGAAGGAAAUCAAGAAAUCUGCUAUUUUACUAUCAUGUUAAGUCCAGCUGAAUUAGUCAAAGCAACAUCUUAUCUAUUCUCAUUUCACCUUAAGUUAAGAAAAUAUAUUUAUGCAAACAUUAUUAAUGAAAGAGAAACAAAAGUUAAACCUCUAAAUUCUCAAAUUAUUCUUAGAUUAAUGGGUUUCUGUUGUUUCUAAAUAGAUGGAUAACACUGCCAUCAGUUUAAUUGGAAAUAGAAUUGGGAAGAUGCAGAUGAAAAAUCAAAGGACAAGAUUCUUAAUAAUAGUGUAAGACCUUUAGACCUCCUCAUUUAUUGUUAGGAGUUAUAAACUCAAAGACUAUUACAAUAACCUCAAUAAAGAUAAGUUGCAACAUUUUUACCUGAGUAACAACAUGAUGAAGAAAUGCCAUUAAUAUAAACUGUCUAACCUAUUUAACAAUAAUAAAAAAAUAAAUAAUAAAUAUAACCUGAUCUCUAAACCAAAAUGAAAGAAGUUGUCUUAAUUCAUGAAAAUCUUGCAUCCAAUUAUAAUAAAUUAGCCAUUUUUUGCUUUGCUUAGUAGGCCUAAGCUUUAUUGUAUAAAGUCUUAACUCAAAUCAGAAAUGAUAAGAAUUGGUUGAAUCCGAAAUAUAAGAACUAUAAAAUAUCAUGA